AUGACUCUAUCCCCUGAAACACUUCUUGUCGUGUUGGCAAUUGCAAUGUGUUCCCUCCUUCUCCUCUUCUCAAUUGCAGUUGUUAUCGUAUUCCAUUGCUGUAAAGUUGAAUCACUUCACAAUCUACCUCACGCUGUUUUGGAAAGAACUCGACACUCUGUAAACUGGGCACGUCAUUCGGUUUUCAGUCAUUCUCAAUGCGAUGAUUUUGACGAGGAAAUGUGCGGAGAUACACUUCAUCGACAGUUUCUACAGCCUCCUCCGACAGCGGUGUGA